GAGGCAGCUGUGCCCUGGAGGUGGCCUGGUGGAGGACAGACCCCACCAGUCGGCUAGGAGUAUGUCUGGGGUCAUGUCCUGGGGAAGGAAGAGCAGCCUCCAGGAUACCCUUGUGGUCUCCAGAUAGCCCAGUAGGGGUGGGGAGGGUGAACCGGACAGGGAGCCCCUGCCCUUGGGGUCUCCAGAUAGCCCACUAGGGGUGGGGAGGGUGAACAGGGGACAGGGAGCCCCUGCUGACUUGGGACCCUGCUCGACGCCCAGCACCCGGGACAUCUGGUUCCCCACCACCACCACUGUAGUCUGGCUGCACUCCUGUGCCUUCUGGGGACGGGCCCUCAAGGACAGCCUGUUGACACAUUAGGCCCAGUUCUAUCACUGCCGGGGAGGGAGAUAGGCUGCCGGCGACAAAGGCAUCUUUGAGAAGGCCACUUUGCCUGGAGUGUGGGCGCCCGGCAGUGUCCCCCAAGGUCGCGGCAGAGGAGAUAAGGGCCCGUCCGCCUGCACAAACACCCACCUUCCGCUUGGCCCACUUAAGGCGGGCAGCCCAGCCCCUCACAUCACCCACAAUGGGGGGCACGCCUCUCACCCGCCUGGCCCUGGUGCUGUCUGCCCUGGGGGCUCUGCUAGAGACUGAGACCCUUGGAGCAGAGGAGCCAGCUGUGGCCACUGGUGGCCUCAUCUUUGAAGAGGUGGACUGGCCGCAAGGCAGCCCCCAAGAACCUCUGUGCCUAGUGGCACUGGGUGGGGACAGCAAUGGCAGCGGCACCCCCCUGCGGGUGGUGGGGACUUUGAGAAGCUAUGAGCAGGCCUUCCUGGGAGCCGUGCAGCGGGCCCGCUGGGGCCCCCAAGACCUGGCCACAUUUGGGGUCUGCAGCCCCGGAGACAGGCAGGCUGCCCUGCUCUCUCUGCAGCGGCUGGGGGCCUGGCUUCGGGGACCUGGGGGGCAGCGCCUGGUGGUCCUGCACCUGGAGGAAGUGACAUGGGAGCCGACACCCUCGCUCAGGUUCCAGGAGCCCCCGCCUGGAGGAGCUGGCCCCCCGGAGCUGGCGCUGCUGGUGCUGUACCCUGGGCCUGGCCCCGAGGUCACUGUGAUGAGGGCUGGGCUGCUGGGUUCCCAGGUACCAGGGAGUUUCAUGGGGCAGUUCCGCAGCGCAGCAGGGGUGUGGAUAUGUUGCCGGGUCUGCGGUGCUGAGAGCAACUUAGAGCCAGUGGCGAUGGGAGGAAGGGGUAAGCCACCCAGCCGGGCUGAGCCCUGCUCUCCGCAGAGCCUCUGCCCGUCCCGAGACACCCACUACCUGGUGCUGGCGGUGGACCGCCCCGCGGGAGCCUGGCGCGGCUCCGGGCUGGCCUUGACCCUGCAGCCUCGAGGAGAGGGCGCCCCCCUGAGUACGGCCCGGCUGAAGGCGCUGCUAUUCGGCGACGACCGCCGCUGCUUCACGCGGAUGACCCCGGCCCUGCUCCUGCUGCCGCGGUCCGAGCCCGCGCCGCUGCCCGCACACGGCCAGCUGGACACCGUGCCCCUCCCUGCACCCAGGGGCGCGCAGGCCCGGGGGCAUGGGGCAGGAGCAGGCGGGGGCGGCGUGGCCUCGCGCCCGCCCCCAACUCUCCCCACUGCGGGUUCCAGGCCAUCCGCGGAGCUCGAGGAGUCGCCGCCCAGCGCAGACCCCUUCCUGGAGACGCUCACGCGCCUGGUGCGGGCGCUGCGGGGCUCCCCGGCCCGGGCCUCGACGCCGCGCCUGGCCCUGGACCCGGAUGCGCUGUCCGGCUUCCCGCAGGGUCUGGUCAACCUGUCGGACCCCGCGGAGCUGGAGCGCCUGCUCGACGGCGAGGAGCCGCUGCUGCUGCUGCUGCCGCCCGCCGCGGCCACCGCCUCCGGGGACCCCGCGCCCCUGCAAGAACCCGCGUCGGCGCCGUGGGCCACGGCCCUGGUGCGCCGCGUGACUGCCGAGCUGCAGGCGGCGGCUGCCGAGCUGCGCGGCCUCCCGGGUCUGCCUCCGGCCGCAGCCCCGCUGCUGGCGCGCCUUCUCGCGCUCUGCCCAGGCGGCCCCGGCGGACCCCUGCGAGCGCUGCUGCUCCUGAAGGCGCUGCAGGGGCUGCGCGCGGAGUGGCGCGGCUGGGAUCCGCGCGGGCCGGGGCGGGCGCAGCGCAGCGCGGGGGCCACCGCCGCCGACGGGCCGUGCGCGCUGCACGAGCUCAGCGUGGACCUCCGCGCCGAGCCCUCCGUCCUCAUCCCCGAGACCUACCAGGCCAACAACUGCCAGGGCGCGUGCGGCUGGCCGCAGUCCGACCGCAACCCGCGCUACGGCAACCACGUGGUGCUGCUGCUGAAGAUGCAGGCCCGCGGGGCCGCCUUGGGGCGCCCUCCCUGCUGCGUGCCCACCGCCUACGCGGGCAAGCUGCUCAUCAGCCUGUCGGAGGAGCGCAUCAGCGCGCACCACGUGCCCAACAUGGUGGCCACCGAGUGUGGCUGCCGGUGACCCACGCGCCGCGCGAGCCCCUGUCCCGAGGGGCCGGAGGCGCCCCAGCUCGCACCCCUUCCCAUAUUUAUUCCGCCCCCAAUAAAGACCAGCAAGUAACCGG